GCCGAAAAGAGAUAUAGAAGUACGUAUAUCCGCCAUCAGCCAAUCAGUGGAAUUAUAUAUCCCCCUUCUCCCCCCCUCGUAUUCUCUUUCUCAUCCACUGCAUCCCUCUACAAACAACUCGUAAACGCCCAACGGCCAAUUGCCAAAGUGUCCGACACAACUUUUUCAUUGAAUCUUGUCUCAGUUCUCCUUGGGCUGCUUAACAUUCACAAUGCUCCGACGACAAACCAGAGAGAGGAGAGAAUAUAUCUUCAAGAAAUCCCAAGAGUCUCAGGAGAGAGCGAUCUACGAACGGAAACAGAAGAUCAAAGACUUGUUGGCUCAGGGGAAACCUCUCCCUACAGAAUUGCGGAAUGAGGUGAGAGAGCUUGGAGGGAAGGAUUUAGUGCUUGAUGAAGCUCAGCAAGAUCCUCGAUCUCACAUCGACGACGAAUAUGCUAAAGUCGGCACGUACGACCCUAAAAUUGUCAUUACAACCUCUCGUUCCCCCUCUUCUCGUCUUCUUCAGUUCUCCAAAGAACUCCGACUGGUUUUCCCCAACUCCUACCGUCUCAACAGAGGUAACACCGUCGUCAAAGACCUCGUCUCCGCAUGUAAUGCUCAAGGUGUAACAGACCUCGUCGUCGUCCAUGAACAUCGUGGUGUCCCCGACGCUCUCAUUGUCUCCCAUCUCCCCCAUGGUCCUACUCUCUCCAUGACGCUUCACAACGUUACCCUUCGACAUGAUGUCAGCUCCAACUCAAGUACAGUGUCAGAGCAGUACCCUCAUCUGAUCUUUGAUGGCUUCUCUACAAAGUUAGGUGAAAGAGUGACCGGGAUCUUGAAGGCGCUGUUUCCGGUGCCCAAGGACGAUGCGAAGAGGGUGAUGACUUUCAAGAACGAAAACGAUUUUAUUUCUUUCAGGCACCAUGUAUUUGCCAAUACUGGUCACAAGGAUGUUCAGCUUGCAGAGGUUGGUCCUCGGUUUGAAGCUAAGCCGUUUGAAAUUCGUCAGGGCACUGUCGAUCAAACCGAGGCAGAUGUUGAGUGGCUCCUUCGACCUUACUUGCGUACAGCGAAGAAACGCAACCAAUUCUAAAUGUUUGAUUGAUUUGGUGGACUUUGGGCAGAAAGAGACGUGUUUCGGGGCAGUUUCGAGCCUUAUUUAUCUGUUGUAUAAUCUCAAACCAGUUGAUUCAGUGAUGCACUUUCCUUCUAGAGUACAUGUAAUAAA